CUCCCCGGCCAUGGUUACUUCCGCAAUAGGACAGCACGCACAGGAUUCUGGGUUAGAAGGUCAGAGCACUGGGACGCGCACUGCAUCCUGGGAAGAAGGUCGGAACCGUAGAGGGCGCGCAGAGCAUCCUGGGAAGAAGGUCAGCGCACAAGCUCUAAGGAGAGCGCGUAAAGCGCGUCUCGUCAGAAUCAGGCGCCUGACGCCUGACGCCUGCCAUCUGCCGUACGACCUCCGCAGCACCAUGGCGGCGUGUGCUGCGCGGCGUUGCCUAUCGGUGCUGAGCCGCUACCGGCGUGCUGCGGUACCGGCCGGUCUGGGCGCUCAGUUCCGACCCGCUGCGAUACGAGCGGUGUGUGGGUGUCGCUUCCAGCAGGACCGGGCGCUGUCAUCCCGAAACCGAGCCGAAGGAAAGGUCCUGGAGACAGUGGGAGUAUUUGAGGAGCCAAAACAACAAGGAAAAUAUGAAACGGGUCAACUAUUUCUUCACAGUAUCUUUGGAUACAGAGGAAUCGUCCUUUUUCCUUGGCAGGCAAGACUUUAUGAUAGAGAUGUUGCUUCCUCUGUUUCAGAUAAGGCUGAAACUUCAUCCGCUCACGGAUCCAAAGAAGUCAAAGGCAAAACCCACACAUAUUACCAAGUACUGAUUGACGCACGGGAUUGCCCUCAUAUAUCUCAGAGGUCACAGACUGAGGCAGUGACGUUCCUUGCAAAUCAUGAUGACAGUCGAGCACUUUAUGCAAUACCUGGUUUGGACUAUGUUAGCCAUGAGGAUAUCCUUCCGUACAACUCCGCUGACCAGAUACCCAUACAACAUGAACUGUUUGAGAGGUUCUUGAGUUUUGACCAGACCAAAGUUCCACCCUUUGUCGCAAGAGAGACCCUGCGUGCCUGGCAGGAGAAGAACCAUCCAUGGCUGGAGCUGUCUGAUGUGCACAGGGAGACAACAGAGAACAUUAGAAUCACAGUCAUCCCCUUCUACAUGGGAAUGAGGGAAGCUCAGAACUCACAUGUGUACUGGUGGCGGUACUGUAUUCGACUGGAGAACCUGGGGAUUGAAGUGGUACAGCUCAGAGAACGACAUUGGCGAAUCUUUAGCCUAUCCGGUACCUUGGAAACUGUGAGAGGACGUGGUGUUGUAGGCAGGGAACCAGUGCUCUCUAAGGAACAGCCAGCUUUUCAGUACAGUAGCCAUGUGUCCUUGCAGGCAUCCAGUGGACAUAUGUGGGGUACAUUUCGCUUUGAACGACCUGAUGGCUCACAUUUUGAUGUCAGAAUCCCUCCGUUUUCUCUGGAAAGCAACAAAGAUGAAAAGACGCCCCCAUCUGGUCUUCACUGGUAGUGUCACUCUGAACAAAACGCUGGUUGGACAACACUUUGUAAAACUAGACCUGAAAGGACUAGACCACCUUAUCCCUAAUAUUGUGUAAAUGAGCUGUGAUAUUUUGCUUCCCCAGAAGCUUGUACCUUGUUCAUGAGUGGGUGGGAUUAUACCACUCAUCAAAUUGAAGCUGCUGCAUUAGAAGAUAUUGCCCCACUGCUGAGCCUUCUUCACAAUCUUACAACUUCCCAGAAUUUUCAAGGAGCUUGUGGGGAAUGAGUUUUUUUUUUUUGUUUGUUUUUUUUUGUUUUUCUUCUACACA